GCCGCGGGCCCGCCCCCGCCGCGCUCGGCGGUCUCUCGCGAGCGGCAGCCGCCUUCCUCAGAGCGGUGGGCCGGCCUGGAGCUGGCGACCUCGUUCUGCCUCGCGCUCUUCUUCCUCUGCAGCCCGGCCGGGCGGCCAUGGCGGCGCGGCGGCGGCAGCCGGCGGCUGGCGUGGGAGCCCGGGACGCGCUCGCGGUGCUGGCGCUGGCCUUGUGUGCUCCCAGGGUGGGCGGCGGGGCGCUCGAGUGGUACUCGGCCAAGGUGAGCAUCGAGUACGUGGACCCGCAGUCGAACCGGACGGUGUCGAGCAUGUCCGAGAGCGGCCGCUUCGGAGACAGCUCGCUCAGGGAGGAGAGGCAGGGCCUGGUGGGCGUCCCGCGCGCGCCCGCCGACCCGGUGGGCUGCGCGCCCGACACGCGCUUCGUGGCGCCAGGCGCCCUCGGCGACGCGCCCUGGGUGGCGCUGGUGAAGCGAGGAGUCUGCACCUUCAAGGACAAGGUGCUGGCGGCAGCGCGGAGGAACGCCUCGGCCGUGGUGGUCUACAACCAGGAGCACUACGGGAACGCCACCGAGCCCAUGUCGCACGCGGGAACAGGAAACAUAGUCGUCAUUAUGAUUAGCUACCCAAAAGGACGAGAAAUUUUUGAUCUGGUGCAAAAAGGAAUUCCAGUAAAAAUGAGCAUAAAGAUUGGUACUCGUCAUAUGCAGGAGUUCAUCAGCGGUCAGUCUGUGGUGUUUGUGGCCAUUGCCUUCAUCACGAUGAUGAUUAUCUCAUUAGCAUGGCUAAUAUUCUAUUAUAUACAGCGUUUCCUAUAUACUGGCUCACAGUUUGGAAGUCAGAAUCAUAGAAAGGAAACUAAGAAGGUUAUUGGCCAGCUUCCGCUACACACUGUGAAGCAUGGAGAGAAGGGAAUUGAUGUUGAUGCUGAGAAUUGUGCAGUGUGUAUUGAAAACUUUAAAGUCAAAGAUGUUAUUAGAAUCCUGCCAUGCAAGCAUAUUUUUCAUAGAAUAUGCAUUGACCCAUGGCUUUUGGAUCACCGAACGUGUCCAAUGUGUAAACUUGAUGUCAUCAAAGCCCUGGGAUAUUGGGGGGACCCUGAGGAUGCACAGGAGCUUCCUCUCCCAGAAGCUGCCCCAGGAAGUGUUUCUGUUGGGAAUCUGAGUGUGACAUCCCAAGACGAGGAGAGGAGUGAAAGCAACCUUCCAUCAUCUUCCUCAAGUGAAUCUGGGCCACACCGCCCCUGUCUUAAAGAAGAUGCAGGGGAGGACACAGCAUUACUAGGAGCCGGCAGGAGUGACCCUCAGCAUGGAGGAUCCAUGUGCUAGCACCGUCCUCACUGACAGCCUCACCGACAGAGCCUUGGCUUGAAUACAGGACAUUCAGUUUUUUACUCUAGGGUAUAGUUUGUAUACUUGAAAACAGUGGAUUUUAUUUUACUUUACCUUUCAGAUUCAGGUUUGAUAUACAAAGGGCUGAGAUAUUUUAUUCCUAAAAGACUUUUAAUUAGCCUUCAUCUAUUUAUCUACUAAAGUAUGAUGUCUAUCAUAAAUUUUGUCUUUCAUAAAUUUUGUUGUAUCAAACUGUCACAGAUUAUGUGGAGGGGUUGUUUCUGAGUACUAGACUAGCUUCUGUGGUACUAUCAAACAAGAUUCUGUUUCUCAGGCUUUUUAGACAAAGCUCCACUAAGUUGAAUUGUGAAGUGUAGUUCCUUAUUGAUCACAUGAACUUUCCCUUAAGCAGAGACUAUAGAACUUGUAAAUGAGAGAUCUUGCCAUAGGCAGUGGUGCAUACCUGCAAACUCAGGAGGCUGAGGCAAGAGGAUCUUGAAUUCUAGCCUAUCUUGGGGUACAUAGCAAGACUGCUUCGGAGGGGUUAAGGAGAGAGAGAAAUCAGCUGUCUUGCACUAUAUUGUCUUUGUCUAUAGAGACUUUAUAUGCAUACCUUUUUAUUAUGUGGGAUUGUGAAAAGAACACUAGAUGAUUUUAUGAUUUACAUUUUUACCUUUAUUGCCUAAUUUCACACUUGAAAGGAGAAGGGAAUUUAUUCAUGUUUUUCUACAAAUAAAAAAAAAUAACCUGGCAAAAAUGCCAUAUUGCAUGUUAAAAAGCAUUAAAAUAUUGAUUCAUUGAGAAAAUCAAGUAGACAUACUGUAAUGUUUUUAAAUGAUUAGUAUAUUUCAGUGGACUUAAUCUUUACAACUAAAAAAAUAUUUAAUUAAAAUUUUGAUUUUGUUGUUAGACUAAAAUAACAUUUUCCUAAUGAGAUUUUAAGCCGAUUCAAUACUGUGACCUUUCAUCCUUCUUUCCUGUUUGAAGUCUUUAAAGACUGUUGUCUGAGUUCUAUAUAGUGCUUAGAUGCUCACUUUAAGAGCGAGGAGUCCUUUGUUGUUGAUUCUAAACUUGUGUUGUAUGUCUACUUUGUAGACAAAAAUAAAUGCUUAUUGACAAAAAUUUUUCUAUGUAACAAAUUUUAUUUAGCAUAAUCAGCCCCAACAUUCAGCACAAAAAGUUUACAGAGGAUAGAAAAUGCAUUAAUAAAAGCUAGUCUUUACGAAAAGGAAAAAAAUUCAUUCUUGAUCAAAAUAUUUUACACUUCAAUGAUAAACUGAGAAUGCUUUUUUUUCUGAAGUUGACUUUAUGGGUACUUUGCCUGUGUGUACAUCUGUGCAUCAUCUACAAGCAUAAUGCCAAGGGAGGCCAGAAGAGGACAUCAGAUCUGCUGGAACUGGAGUUCCAGGGGGUUGUGAACUGCCUCGUGGGUACUAGGUAUUGAACCUGAGUUCUCUAGGAAAGCUGCCAGUGCUUUUAGCCACUGAACCAUCUCUCUAGCCCAAAAAAAGAAGGCUUUAAGAAGUUGGUCUCUGCCUGACAGCAGAAGUCAGUAGAGGUCACUGAUCCAUGGUCUGUGUUGCCCUUUGCAUCAAUGUCCUCAGCUGGAAAUGCCUACAGGACAGAAGACAGACAUGAGUCAGGAACGCAUCUAGGUCUGUUACUCUACCCGUGAAGGCUUCUGCCAGGUAAAAAGAUACGUGUCUUCAUAGCAUGAAGCUAGGAAUAACUUCAUCAUCUUUCUCAGAUCUAUUUUCUAUCUUCUCCGGGGCAAAACUUAGUCCUUUGUCUUUCUUCACAAGUUCUGUUUUUAUGUCAGCUACUUCUUGAUCUAAAUGAGACCAUUCCUUCUAGUUUAACUAGCUGUGAUCCAUUUUCUCCGUCUGCCAUCUUUGUCACUGACUACUGAGGGAUGCUCAGAUCUUGUCCUCACCGAUUGUUUCGUCACCUCUGGGACCAAGAGUAGUCACGGGAGCCCUGAAAAGGUACUAGAAGUGAGCUGGGCGGUAGUGGUGCACGCCUUUAAUCCCAGCACUUGGGAGGCUGAGGCAGGCGGAUUUCUGAGUUCGAGGCCAGCCUGGUCUACAGAGUGAGUUCCAGGACAGUCAGGACUACACACAGAAACCCUGUCUUGAAAAACCAAAAAAAAAAAAAAAAAAAAGAAAAGGUACUAGAAGCUUGUGACAAUGUGUGAACCACCUGGUGUAAGUUUAGCCAGGGUAACCACUGGAAUUCGAGAGGGAGGUAUCCAGACAGGUAUACAGAGAUUCCAUGUGGCACACCCAGCCUCUGGGAGGUCUUUGGUGGUCCUGCUUUCAGAGACAAAGGCUAGGAUGUAGAAAUGACAGGAUGGAGAACACUGAGAAAGAGCCUUCUCCAAAUACUACAGUCAUGACCUAAAUAAACUCUAAAAAUCUGACAGGAGGUGUGUCUGUUCAUGUGAGUUGGUUCCCUGGAACCACCACCAUUAAAAAUGAGUCCAGUACAAUUUUGAGGUUUUGUGUAGAGUAAUGAGGACAGUUUUAUGUCAUGUGUCUGUAUUUGGACAGCAUCUCUCAGAGCUGGCUCUGGGACAGCACCAUGGCACCACAGGCACUGCCUUCCACAGGCAAUAUCAGCACCAAGGGCUUGUCCCCAGGUCUUCAGAAAACUGCAGAAGCUAUCCCAUCAGGAAGCUAGCACCAAGAAAAUACAACUUUAAGGCUAAGUCUAUCCGUAGAACCAUUUCUAAGGCAUGAAUGAAUAUGAGCUGUUGAAGUAGAAAAAUCUUAUUUUAAGCACUUUUUAAAGAGUCUCAAAGUUAAUAACCAAACCUCACUGUGUUCAGUGCAAAUAGGAAAGCAUGAAUUUGGUGUCAAGUAGAUUAAUGCUGUUUUUAAGACAUAUCGGGGAAAAUGCUGUAAUCAUUCUAAUAGCUAAUAUUUGCUUUUACAAAGGGUCUUAUGAUAGAGCAAGGUAAAAUGUGUUUAACCACUUAGUUGUUACAGAAGCCUUUUUCUAAGGCAGGGUUUCACUGUUUAAUCUGAGUUUGAAUUCACCAUCCUUGUGCCUCAGCCUUCCCAGCGGUGAGAUCACUUAUGACUAAACAGAAAUGUGAAGAUUGGAGGCAGUGUCCAUGAUGCAGAACUAACACAGAAGUUGUUUGCUGUGGUUCCUACUCUCCUGGCUCUUACUCAGCAGUACUGACUUUGGCUCUCCCAGCAGAGAACUGGAGCUGUGAGCACAUGGUCUCACUCGCUUUGCAGGUACUUGUCUCUCACAUGCUGAACUGACUGGGGGGCCUUGGACCUUUCCUCCCAAUGACUGCUUCCUGUGGCUGCUGAGGAGUGAUGACAAUAAAAGGCCGAAUUGCAGUGUCCCCAUCAACAGUUCGCUCUCUGUGGGCACACGAUGACAAAACCUCCUGAAGCGAGUCACUGUCUGACCUCA